CAGCGAGUGCAGGUAGGAUGAGGGGCUGGACGUAGGCUGCAGCGUGGUGGAGUCGGGUCCUGGGACAGCCCGACUGCUGGGGUCCGGCGGGGUUUGCGGGUAGCUGACACGGCCCCGGGCUGCUCAGGUACCUUGCUGGGAUCCCUUGCUGCAGGACUGGUCCUUGGCGGCUGCACGACACCGACAAGCGUGGCCCGGGGAUCACAGCGGUGCCUUAUGCCAGUGCUAUGGGGAGACUCAGGUCCCUCAUGAACACGAAGUGGAAGGUGUUGCUCUGUGUCUGUGUGACCCUGCUGGUUUACCAGUACGGUUUCGACGCCCUCAGGUUCGUGGAAGGUUUCAUCCCCAUGGGAGUCUGUCCGUGGCCGCGGGAUGCUCGCUUCCGUCACCCUGGCAUGGACUCUCACAGCCCCCUCAACGUCUGGUCGAGGCAGGACGUGCUCACCUGCACCCCCUGGGGGAGCCCCAUUGUCUGGGAGGGGACGUUUGAUCCUGAGAUCUUGCGGCAGGAGUACGGGCGCCGGAACCUCACGAUUGGCCUGACGGUGUUUGCUGUGGGCAGGUACCUGGAGAAAUACCUGGAGCAGUUUCUGGAGACGGCCGAGGAGCACUUCAUGGUGGGCUGGCGGGUGAUCUACUACGUCUUCACAGACAGGCCAGGGGCAGUGCCCCGGCUCGGCCUGGCCCCGGGGCGGCAGCUGCAGACCCGGAUGGUGGAGAACCAGAAGCGCUGGCAGGACAUCUCCAUGAUGAGGAUGCACUGGCUCAGCCAGGCCCUGGACACCGCCAUCUGCAGGGAGGUCCAAUAUGUCUUCUGCAUGGACGUUGACCAGUUCUUCGUCGGCGCCUUCGGGCUGGAAGCGCUGGCAGAGUCUGUCACUCUGCUCCAUUCCUAUUUCUACCGGUGGACCCGCUCCUACGUCCCCUACGACCGGAACCCCCGAUCGGCCGCCUUCCUCGGCCCCGGCGAGGGGGACUUCUACUACCACGCGGCCGUGUUUGGGGGGCUGUGCCCCCGGGUGAAGAACCUGACGGAAAGCUGCUUCCAGGCGGUUCUGCAGGACAAGAGGCAGGGCGUGGAGGCCCGCUGGCAGGAGGAGAGCCACCUCAAUAAGUACUUCUGGCAGCACAAGCCAGCCAAGAUCUUGUCUCCGGAGUACUGCUGGGACCAGGCCAUCCGGCGGCGGGGGGACAUCCGCGUCGCCAGGCUGGUGUGGGCUGAAAAGCAGUACCGCAGGCUGCGCCAGGCAGCUCGGUGACACCACCCACGCGGACCCUCAGCAGGCACUGGCUGGAACUGGGCACGGGGACGCAGGGAACAGUGUAGCAACUAGCGUGUCGCUCCUUUCAGAGCAUUCGCCUGCUGAGCGCACUGCCCACACACGGGGCUCCUGCCCCUUCAUGCCCUCCACAAGUCUCCUAGAAUCCUACAGCUGGAAGAGACCUCAGGAGUCAUCAAGUCCAGCCCCCUGCCCAAGGCAGGACCAACGCAACUCAAU